AUGGCUGGUAAGCGAAGACUGUGGGUGCUAUGUCUCGAGCAACAAAAGACCCUCUAUGUGCCAGUCCCACGGCUUCAGAAAGGGUUCCUUAAUCGAUCAGAACUGCCUGAAGGAGAGACCGGCCCUGCAGCUAUCAGGAAGGCUGUUUCGCGUAACGGAAUGGAGAACUAUGGAAAACCAGUUGGAAUAGAAGACACCGUUUCGCUUGAUUUGGUCAUCAUGGGAUCAGUGGCUGUCUCAAAAGAGGGAUAUCGCAUAGGCAAAGGAAGAGGCUAUGGGGACCUUGAAUUCGGCCUUAUGAUGCAUAUGAAAGCCAUCACGCCUAAUACAGUGAUUGCUACCACUGUUCACGAUUGCCAGGUAUUCGACACUUUACCAGCGGAGUUGUUUGGACCGCACGAUGUACCCAUUGAUUUCAUAAUCACCCCAACCCAGGUAAUAGCAACACAACGCAUGAGUCAACGACCUCCCGGCAUCCUUUGGCAUAUUCUGUCUAAUCGUCGCCUUGAGCUCAUGCCAAUACUGGGACAGCUUCGCGAGAUCGAAAUGCUCGCGGGGCGCGCGUGCUCGCUGAAGGAGCUGGACACGGACGUGGAGGAGCGCGCCGCGCAGCGCCCGCGCCGCCUGCGCCGCCGCACGCGCUCGCACAAGAGCCACAGCGAGGGGGAGGUCGGUCCGUUCCUCAGCGCGGGGCGCGCGUGCUCGCUGAAGGAGCUGGACACGGACGUGGAGGAGCGCGCCGCGCAGCGCCCGCGCCGCCUGCGCCGCCGCACGCGCUCGCACAAGAGCCACAGCGAGGGGGAGGUCGGUCCGUUCCUCAGCGCGGGGCGCGCGUGCUCGCUGAAGGAGCUGGACACGGACGUGGAGGAGCGCGCCGCGCAGCGCCCGCGCCGCCUGCGCCGCCGCACGCGCUCGCACAAGAGCCACAGCGAGGGGGAGGUCGGUCCGUUCCUCAGCGCGGGGCGCGCGUGCUCGCUGAAGGAGCUGGACACGGACGUGGAGGAGCGCGCCGCGCAGCGCCCGCGCCGCCUGCGCCGCCGCACGCGCUCGCACAAGAGCCACAGCGAGGGGGAGGUCGGUCCGUUCCUCAGCGCGGGGCGCGCGUGCUCGCUGAAGGAGCUGGACACGGACGUGGAGGAGCGCGCCGCGCAGCGCCCGCGCCGCCUGCGCCGCCGCACGCGCUCGCACAAGAGCCACAGCGAGGGGGAGGUCGGUCCGUUCCUCAGCGCGGGGCGCGCGUGCUCGCUGAAGGAGCUGGACACGGACGUGGAGGAGCGCGCCGCGCAGCGCCCGCGCCGCCUGCGCCGCCGCACGCGCUCGCACAAGAGCCACAGCGAGGGGGAGGUCGGUCCGUUCCUCAGCGCGGGGCGCGCGUGCUCGCUGAAGGAGCUGGACACGGACGUGGAGGAGCGCGCCGCGCAGCGCCCGCGCCGCCUGCGCCGCCGCACGCGCUCGCACAAGAGCCACAGCGAGGGGGAGGUCGGUCCGUUCCUCAGCGCGGGGCGCGCGUGCUCGCUGAAGGAGCUGGACACGGACGUGGAGGAGCGCGCCGCGCAGCGCCCGCGCCGCCUGCGCCGCCGCACGCGCUCGCACAAGAGCCACAGCGAGGGGGAGGUCGGUCCGUUCCUCAGCGCGGGGCGCGCGUGCUCGCUGAAGGAGCUGGACACGGACGUGGAGGAGCGCGCCGCGCAGCGCCCGCGCCGCCUGCGCCGCCGCACGCGCUCGCACAAGAGCCACAGCGAGGGGGAGGUCGGUCCGUUCCUCAGCGCGGGGCGCGCGUGCUCGCUGAAGGAGCUGGACACGGACGUGGAGGAGCGCGCCGCGCAGCGCCCGCGCCGCCUGCGCCGCCGCACGCGCUCGCACAAGAGCCACAGCGAGGGGGAGGUCGGUCCGUUCCUCAGCGCGGGGCGCGCGUGCUCGCUGAAGGAGCUGGACACGGACGUGGAGGAGCGCGCCGCGCAGCGCCCGCGCCGCCUGCGCCGCCGCACGCGCUCGCACAAGAGCCACAGCGAGGGGGAGGUCGGUCCGUUCCUCAGCGCGGGGCGCGCGUGCUCGCUGAAGGAGCUGGACACGGACGUGGAGGAGCGCGCCGCGCAGCGCCCGCGCCGCCUGCGCCGCCGCACGCGCUCGCACAAGAGCCACAGCGAGGGGGAGGGGAACACGACGGAGGGUGAGGAAGGGAAGGGUGGUACCCGCGCACGGCGGUCAGCGCGGCGACGCAACUCGCAUAAGUCGGCCAGCAAGGACAACAAGGAAGAGAAGCCGCGCCGCCCCAAGCGACAAAGACCCGACAUCGACUUCUCUGUUAAGAUAUCGAACAUCAGUCCAAAUACAAGGGUGCGUGAUUUAAAGCAGGCUCUAUUUGAACGCGGAGUCAAACCACAGAACAUGGUGUGGAAGGGUUUCCGUGGUUUCUGUUACCUUCAUUUCUUCAAGCCCAGUCCUCAGAAAGGCGAGGGCGACAGCGGCGCCGCCGUGAGCAUCGAGAGCGUGCUGGCGGCGCUGGCGCAGAUGUCGCUGGGCGGCAGCGGCGGCACGGCCGGCGGAGACGAGCCGCGCGACGACAAGCCGCGCCUGCUGUGCGUCGAGCCCGCGCCGCCGCGCCACGCCGCCGCGCCCGCGCCCCAGGUUCAUUGA